AAGGGAUAGGGGCUUCAAGUCAAGACGAUGCAGAUAGCCAAAGCUCAUCGAGUCUUAAUAGCCGAAAGAAAAGAAAACAUCCCCAUUUCCUUAGUGGCUUUGUGCCCGUCCUACCUAGACGAAAGGCUACUGGGGGUAGUAGUAGUAGUAUCGUGCAGGGACCAACACUUUUAGCACCUCUGUCGCCUGAUUCCGGUGAACCUAGUUCUCCUGGAGUAGGAACUGCAAUAAUCUCAUAA